AUGACCGUGCUACCAGCUUCCUCCGUGACUAGCAUCCUCUGCGGCAUUCUCGCAGUGUGGCUCCUAUCGAAGGUAGUCGAGCAGCGACGUCGACGCACACAGACUACGUCGCUCGCUGGACCACCCAACCCGAGUCUGGUCUUCGGCGCUAGCAAGCUCAUCAGCGACUUGGUGGACGCGGGUGACCUGUAUGAAGAGUGGUCGGAGACGUAUGGCUCUGUGUACCGUGUCCCUGCUGCUUUCGGGAUGUCGAAAAUUGUGCUGUGCGACCCCAAGGCCGUCUUGCAUUUCUUCUCCCGGGAGACAGUCGGAUACGUCCACACGACCAUGAUGAAGAACGCAACUGAGAACAUUUCCGGCCGUGGUAUACUCUGGGCUGAAGGCGAGACACACAAGAGGCAUAGGAAGGCGUUAUCACCCGCUUUCAGCAAUGCAGCCAUUAGGAGGAUGACGUCUGUAUUCUACGAUUCAGCGUACAAGCUGAAGUCUGCAUGGGAUAGUAUCAUCGAAGCAGAUCUUGGUGCCGAAUCAGCUGUAAUCGACGUCCAGCGGUGGAUGAACUACGUCUCACUGGACACUAUAGGAAUCGCGGGCUUCUCGCACGACUUUGGAACACUACUCGGCAAGCCCUCCGCCGUCGCAGCCACCUUCAACGACUUCGCGAAUCUGAAGCCCAGCCUCCUAGGAGGGGCUAUGCAGUUUGUCGUGGGCGGGGUGUUCCCGUGGGUCCUCAAGCUUCCUACGGACUUUCGAAAGCUCGUCGACAGGCUGAAUGCAGGCAUGGGAGAGAUCGCCCAGGAGCUUUUGGAGAACUCGCGGAAGGAGAGCGAGGGUGAGAUCAAGACGGAGGAUAAAUCUAUCAUCGGGCUGCUGAUAAAGGCAGAGAUAACCGACUCCGAGCUGCACAUGUCAAGCGAUGAAGUGUUGGCGCAGAUGAAGGUCUUAAUGCUCGCAGGCUAUGAAACCACAUCCAUCAGUCUCUCGUGGUGUCUUCUCGAGCUCUGCAAAAAUCCAGAGGUCCAACAGAAACUGCGUCAAGAGCUCUCGCAGUUCGGUAGCACCGAUCCGACUUGGGAUCAAUUGACCAACGUGCUCCCAUACCUCGACGCCGUCGUGCACGAAACCUUGCGACUCCAUCUGCCCUUGCCGGAGAGCGAACGAGUGGCCGCGGAAGACGAUAUUCUUCCCCUGUCGUUUCCAUUGAAGACACCCGGCGGAGACACAGUGGACAGUAUCAACAUUGCGAAAGGCGAAGUCGUCGUAGUUCCGAAGCACAUGAUGAACAAGUCGAUCAGGUUCUGGGGCUCGGAUGCGAAGGAGUUCAAACCCGAGCGCUGGCUCAACGAAACCGGUAUUCCGGAGCGAGCCCAGGAGAUCUCAGGACAUAGGCAUCUACUCACUUUCUCGGAUGGCGCGAGGCUCUGUCUCGGGCGACACUUUGCCCUCGCUGAAUUCAAGGCUGUUCUCUCUGUUAUUAUCAGGAACUAUGCGUUCGAAUUUAGAGAUGGACCCAACACGAGGACCGAGAUCAAGCGCGGUAUCCUGCCUCGGCCGUGUAUUGCAGGAGAAGAGGGCGCGAAGCUACCUUUGAGGGUGCACCGUCUGAAUUGA